AUGUCCGAAGCCUACCCCUCCACCCCCUCCCCGUCCCCUUACUACACCUCCCGCCGCUUGGGACAUCACCACCACCUCGACGACACCCCCAUCAUCGCAGACCUCAACCCCCGCCCCCGCUCCCUCCACCUGCUCGUCGCCUCCAACGGCCCCCGCGAUGUGGCCUACGCCCAGACCAUCGCCGUCCGGCUCUCCAAAGAAACGCAAAUCACCACUCGCGCCAUCGUCGACGAUUUGACGCAUCGGUUGGCGCAGGAGAUCAUGGUUCACCAAAACAAACCCGCCUCCCUUGCCACGAAUGAGCAGCAAGCUUCGGAACUGAUCGAAUGGGCGGAUUUGCUGGUGUUGGCACCGAUAGAUGCUGAUACACUGGCGAAGAUGAUGGUGGGGAUUGCGGACAAUUUAUUGCUGCAGGUGCUGAGGGGGUGGGACGCGAGCAAGAGGGUGCUGAUGGUGCCCGGGAUGACGAAGCAGAUGUGGGAGAGCCCGGUUACGAGGCGGCAGAUGGGGAAGCUGCAUCGGAAGUGGGGGUGGGUGAGGGUGCUGCCGCCGGUGUUGUGGUCGUAUGCCGGGGAUGGAAGUGGGAAGAGGGUGGUGGAGUGGGAGGGGUUUAACGAGCUGCUUGGGAUCAUCAAGAACCAGGCGGAUUUGUUGAAGGUGGGGUUUAAUGUUGACGUUGGGGGUGGUAGUUUGCCGGUGGUGGUGGUGAAGAAGGGGAAACAGAAGAAGGCAAGGAGCCAGCUUCCUCCGGAGCUGUGGAGUAUGAUUUUUGAGUUUUUGGGGGAUUGGGAGUUGGCGACGAGUUUGGGGGUUUAUACUACCCUCGAGGUGCCCACGGGGGAGGGGUGGAGGAGGGAGCCGAGGGAUAAGGGGGAUCUGGUGGGCGUUUUUAUGCAUGAGUUGGAGUGGACGCUUCUGGGCGCGGAUACGGAGGAGAUCUGUAGGAAGCUGGCAAAGGCUCCGGCGGGGUUUUGUGAUUUGAGCGCGUUGGCUGUGCACCUCAUCUUCAAGUUUUCCUUGACGGGGGUCUUGACUUGGAUCGAGGGGAAUUCACCUCAUUUCUUCAAGUGUUUUGACGGAAAGACGAUACCGACAAAGGCGUCGGCUUACUAUGGGAGGACGGAUAUUUUGGAGUGGUGGAGGAAGAGCCCGAGCUUUUUGGAGAAGCAGUAUGAUUGUGAGGCGGUGGAUAAGGCGUCGAUGAGGGGGUUCGUGCACGUGCUGGAGUGGUGGAGGAGGAGCGGGCUACCGCUCAAGUACAGCGAGGCUGCGUUUGAGGGGGCGAGUUCGAAGGGGCACAUUCAUGUUUUGGAGUGGUGGAGGGAGGCGAGCUUGCAGAACUCGGCCGUGGCGCUGAAGCCGGGGAAGGCGUUGCUGGGGGCGGCGCAGUGGGGGAUGGUGGAGGUGAUUAGGUGGUGGGAGGAGAGCGGUAUACCGGCGGGACAUCACGAAGCGGUUUGCAAGAUGGCGAGUCGGUGGGGGCAGGUGGAGGUGCUGGAGUGUUGGAGGCGGCUGAGGGGGGAUGACAAGCUGGAGUUUGAUAAUCAGAUCUUGAUGGAGGCGACCUAUCAUGCGCAUAUUCAUGUGCUGGAGUGGUGGAGGAAGUAUGCUCAUGGGGAGCUGCCGGGGAUGAAUGGGAAGAAGGGCAGGAGGGUGGAAUACAAGACCAUGGAUGUGGAAGAGGCGCUGGAAGAUUCUCUUGGCGACCAGACAAAGGUCAGGAGAUGGUGGGCGGAGAACGGGUUGAACUUGGGCCUGGGUACUACGGAGUGGAUGAAGAUUAAGGCUCUUUGA